AUGGAUAAAUACACACAUCCCCUGUUUUUUGAAGUCAAAGGUCUCUCUGGCAAUGAUAUUCAGGAUAUCUGGAGAUACUUUCAGAGAGGAGAAGACUCUGGAGGUGGUGAGUGUGGAAUUCCUGCAGAGGUUGAAGGCAACACCUAUAAAAUCUGUUUCAAGGACAAAGAAGUUCAGGAGCGGGUUUUGCUGAGAAAGUUUCAUGCCAUCUCUAUUUCUGGUGGAAAACAGUAUUUAACAGUGAGCCAAGCAAGUUUACCUCCACAGACCCUCAAUCAGUCAGCGACCAGUCAGUCACAGGCACCAACAAAAGUGAUCACAAAACAUCUCGAGAGGACAUUUAACGUAGAUAUUUUCCUCCUGUAUUAUCUAAGAGAUAAACCCAAGGCAUUAAAAAUUCUCCAGAAGCAGCUCUCUUAUAUCGGCUGCACGGUGGAAUUAAAAUUUGAUGAUGAAAAUGUUGUAGUUAGAGGUGACAGUCAGAGUCAGCCAGGAUGCCCUGCAGAGAAACAGGAGCUACAGCUGGAUCAGAUUUUCAGCCGUUUCAAUGAGAACUAUCUCUGCUAUCAUGUAUUUGAGCCAAAAAAGAUCAAGAUGCUGCUGCAAGACUCCUCCCUCAAGAUAGAUGACAUCAAAGUGUACAAUGAGAAUGGCUAUGCUGUGGUUGUGGGAGAGGUCCAUGCUGUGAAGGAGAAGAUUGCAGAUCUGGAAAACAUUCAAUACACCAAAAAAGAGCUGCCAAUUGUGGAGAAGCAGUACAGGCGUAUAGAAGAAGAGUUCAAUCGAGAAAUGUUCGCUAACUAUCCAGAUGUUAAAGUCGUCAGAGGUAGUGCCACAAUCACUUUGGAGGGCCCUGACACAGAUGUGCAGUCAGGAGCUGCAAAACUAGAUGAACUGAUUAAGAACAUAAAGGAAAAAAGAGUCAAGUUCCCCACAGCUCUGCUAACCUUCAUCAAAACCAGUGGAGCCAUCUCCAAAUACCAAGCUCGUUUCCAGCAGAGCCUCAGAAAACCCUGUUUUCUUUGA